AUGAAACAACGGUGUUUACGAUGCCGUUCUCGGGAGCUUUGCCCCAAUCAUGGCUCCUAUCGACUAGUCACUCAGGAUAAGUUAGAUCCAUCUAUGUGGAUCAACAAAUAUGUAAUCAGACACUACCGCCCGGCAAAUAUGACCAAUAAAAUGUGUGCCAAAAGCAUCUUUCACUGGACGAACGAGACAAUCAACAUCUGGAGUCAUUUACUCGGUUUUAUUUACUUUACUUAUUGUCAAUAUGAGAUGAACGCCUACCGUAUCCCGUUAAUGGGCGGUCAUUUCGAAGAUCACCUUGUCAUAUCAUUGUCAAUAUUUGGAUCUCAGGAGUUCCAGGUUUGCAUGCUAUUUUCGGCCGCCUAUCAUACUUUCUGUUGUGCAAAUGAAAGAAAACGACAAAAAUUCCUGAAACUCGACAUCUUUGGUAUCUCUGCCGGCCUACUCGGGAUGUACUUAUCCGGAAUCUACACUGCAUUUUUCUGCUUCCAGGUGAGUUCAACAGACCAUCUCGAGACUUACUUCUACAUGUUGAUGUCUAUAUUCUUUAUCACCGCCUAUGUGCCUACACGUGAAGACUUCUUUGAUCGAAAGAUCGUUGGCUCUCGAAUCGGCUAUCUUCACAUCAUCUAUGCGUCGAUCGUUAUUUUCGGAUUCUGUCCAACUACCCACUGGGUGUAUCUCCAUGGUGGUCUGGCCAAUGACCAUGUAGCUAACUGGUUGGUUGAUAUAUUCAUUCUUUAUGGCUUGAUGGCAUUAGCAUUCUUCUUCUACGUGACGCUAAUACCCGAACGACUGUUUCCGGGAGCGUUCGAUCUCGUUGGGUGCUCCCAUCAGUGGUGGCACAUAUUCAUACUAUCGGCUAUGGUGUUUUGGCAACGUGCAGGAGUAGAUCUCCUGGGUUUCUAUCGCAUGAACGAAUCGUCAUGUCGUGAUUCCAUCUCUCCGCUUCGUGGAAACUCGUCCGCCGUAUACUUAUAG